GUGCCGGGGGUCUUCCGGACCAACGGAAAGGCGGAAUACGUGUUCGAGCAUGGCCUCGUUCGGGAGGAAGCGCCGAAGAAGUUCUUCUACCUGGACGAGAACAUUCGUCGUGCUUGUGAGAAUUCCCUUCGCGCUCGUGGUCUUGUGGACUUGCACAUGGCAGAUGCGCCGGAACUGAAGUGUCGCUACCCCUCAGAAGAGGUGGUGAUCCUGGCACCCGAAGACUCCGCGCUGACUCUGGCACAGCUCCGCAUCGUGCGGUCCCUUCUGCAGAAGCACUUUAGCUCGGAGCAGGUUGCAAUGGUCUGGGAGGAGGCGACCUCCCGCGAUCUUUGGUCCGACUGCGGUGGCAAUGGUCUGAAUGCGCUGGAGGUGAUCAAAUCCGAUGGCUGCCGCCUUUCGCAGUGCUUCCAAACAGAGGUCCAAAAGCCGGACUACUUCGUUACCUGCUCCUGGGACAUGCCGCUCACAGAGAUGUUCGAAGCAAUUGAGUGGCAUGCAGAAGCCCGCUCUUUGUCGGAUCGGGCGACAUACUACAUCGACGCAUUGUGCCGGACGAGUUCGAAGCGUUUGAGCCCCUUGGAGAGUCUUGACCCUCUGCGCAGUGACGUCACAUUGGUGAGCGGCGAUGCCAUAAGGGCCAUGGACCAAAGCUCUGGCUUCGUCCUCGCUUUCAGUCGACGUACUGCCACCAGGUGGAAAGACGGCAAGCCAAGCCUCUGGAUGCUUUACGAAACCUUCCGUGCUCAAGAACUGAAUCUUGGAUGGGACCUGGCGAGUACUUCUGGAGCCCUCGCAACCAUGCGGCCCUUUGACAAUGGAUGUUGGGCUUUCGGUGCCUUCGACACCGACAUCGCACAAUCGCUAUCUACUGUAGCAGUCGAGGCAGACAAGUGCACCUGCACACGCAAAGCGGACAGAGAAUCGAUCUUGAAUCAGCUUGCAAGUGGGAAGCUGGGGAUCAGCGGAUUUGAGUCGCGUGUUAACACGACUAUUCCUUCCAGCGUGCUGGGAGCAGCCUUGCUGCAUGUCUCAUACCUUGACUUGGAGAGCGACAAGACAGCGGCGCAUGAUUUGGCUCAGCUGGUGCUGGAGCUGAAGCGCUCUGGCGUCCACUUGACCACGCAGCGCUUGCAGGGUGCCUUCGGCGAGUCGGCAUUGCAUGUCGCCGCCGCAGCAGGGCGAGGCAAAGCGGAUGGGAUGAGAAGCCUGCUAGAGCUUUUCAUAAAGCUUGGCAUGGAUGUCGAUGGUCAGGACAGCGAAAGGAGACACACCUUUGCAUUGGGCCGCUUUCGUGGGUAA